AUGGGGAGCGGGGGACUGAUGUUGCAUGAGAAAGAGAGGGACAAGGAGCACCAAAGGAACUGGCAAGUGAACAGAGGGGCUUUGAACACUUCAAACAGUGGGGCUGGAGACCCGCUGCUUGGAGCCAGCGGCAGCACUGGAGACUUGCGGGGCCGGGCUGCGAGCAGGGGCAUCUCCGACCGCAGGACCGGGCGGGAGCGGUUCCUGCAGCCCCCGCGGAGGCUCCGCGCGCCGGGAGCGGCCCCGGCCCGGACCCGCUAUAGGGCCCGGCAGGAUGUCCCGGAGCGGCCACUGCCACCACCUCCCCCGGGGAAUCCCGGGAUGCGGAGCUGCCGCGCGGUACCCGCGGGGCUGCGCGCUCCGGCCGGGACGGACACAGCGCAGCGAGCCCGGGACCGGACACAACAGCAAACAAAACCCCAGCAGCCCUCAGCGCCGCGUCUGCAAGUUCCACGGGGAGACACUGCCGGAGUCCCCGGGUGCGCCGGGGCUUCAGGUGUGGGCAGCCCCAAACACGGCUGGCCCAGGAAGGGCGGAGAGCCCGGGCACCGGGGAGUGAAUCCCCCUCGGGGGCACCGGCGAGCACCUGCCGGCCCGGCCGCGCAGCCCAGCACGGGCGGGCAUGGCGGGCCGCCCCGGAGAGCUCUGCCGGGGCCGUGCCGGCCGGACCCCCCCGCCGGGACCCCUCCCGGGAGCCCCUCCCGCCUCCCCGCGCGGCCCCAGCGAGCGGCGCUCACCUGCGGGGGCUGGGGCCGGGCCGCCCCGGCCGCGCUCCGCUCCGCGCCCGCUCCCCCUCAGCUGCGCGGCGGCCUCGCUCCGCGGGCACCUCCGGGCGGGGCGCGGGAGGCGGGGCCUGGGGCGGGACCGCCCCGCGGGCGGAGCCCUGUCAUGCAAAUCGCGUAUAUGGGCGUGACCUCGCAUGCAAAUACGGAGCAGAGCCCCGGCACCCUGGGCUAUGAUACCUCUGACCACGCAGGAGGAAGAUGA